AUGCAAGCAUAUGGUCGAUAUGAUUUUAAUGCGACAGCACAAGAUGAACUUAGUUUUUCGAAAGGAGCUAUACUCAAAGUCCUUAACAUGGAGGAAGAUAUGAAUUGGUAUAAAGCGGAAUUACGUGGCACAGAGGGUUAUGUACCAAAAACAUAUAUUGAAAUGGUUCCAAAUCCAUGGUUUCAUCGUGGAAUUGGACGUGAUGAAGCUGAAAAAAUUUUAUUACAAAAAGAUACGACAAAGCGUUUUAUUCAUCCAGACGGCGCAUUUCUUGUGCGAAUGUGUGAAAGUUUACCGGGUGAUUUUUCAUUAUCGGUUAAAUAUCAAGAUCAAGUUCAACAUUUUAAAGUAUUACGUGAUGGUAUGGGUAAAUACUUUUUAUGGGUUGUUAAAUUUGAUUCCAUAAAUGAAUUAAUUGAUUACCAUCGAACAACAUCAGUCAAUCGGGGGCAAACUCUACUUUUGAAAGAUAUGUCAUCAUCAGGAAAUCACCAUGAAUAUCCAAAACAACAACAACAAACAUCAUUUAAUCAGCAACAGACCGUACGCCCACAACCAUCACCGGCAAGUCAAAUGUAUCAAGCAGCUUAUGAUUUUAAACCCCAAGAAGAAGGUGAAAUUGAAUUGAAACGAGGAGAUCGAGUACGAAUUAUUGAUGAAACGGAUGAGAGCUGGUGGAAAGGAGAAGUUCGAGGUAGAAUCGGUUUAUUUCCUGCAGCAUGUUCUCUAGCUGAUACAACGAGUGAACCUAAAAUAAUGUCAUUUUCGUUAUCAAUGGCUUCACCCUCAACUCCGUCGACAAUGACAGCAAUUUUUCGUCGUGCUUCGUCAUUUAUAACAUCCCGUUCUUCAUCCAAAGCUCCCCCAUUAGAUGGUGAAAUUGUAUUUAGUAAAAAUAAUGUUUGUGUACAUCCACCAAGUCGACUUCAUUCUCAAACAUUACAUCAUCCAGGGUAUUUAUGUAUUAAAUGUCAAAAUAAUCCAACACUAGGUGCAACAUUAAUUUUGACGUGGAUUCCAAAUUCGACAUUGAAAAAUAGAACAAAACAACAACCAAUUACACCAAAUCAAUCACGAUCAAUAUCGUUAUCACAAUAUGAUUCGCAACACAGCGGAAGUAUGUCAACUUCUACUCCCAUUCGUUCGAACACACUGAACCUUCAAGAUCAUCAGUUAUCUGCUAUCAGUAUGACUGAUAGUGAUUAUCACAGUCAGCAACAUUCAUUUGCUUCACUAUUUUCACCACAGCCUAAAAUUCAAAUCAGUGACAAUGAAAAUGGUUCUGACGAUCAUUACGAAGAUGCCUGUGAUGGAUCUGAUAGACGCGACUCGAUAACAUCGGGAGCGACGGAAGGUCCCGAUGAACAAAAUGAUAUCGACAUGCCUAAUGAUCUCGACGAUAAUGACGAUGAUGUUCUGAUUAUUGAUGAAAAUGAACAGCAGCCACCAAUGCUUAAAGAAACAUCAUGGAAAAAUGUAGCGGGCAUCUAUGAAAAACAAAAUACAUCAUUGAUGGGUGAAAAUCCAAUGUCAAAUGGAAUAGAACAGCCGAAAACAGUUGCAGAACAAUUUUGUGGAGUAUUCUCAGUAGAUUUGGGUCAAAUGCGUUCAUUACGUUUAUUUUAUUGCGAUGAAUUAACAAAUAGUGGCCAGUUAGUGAUAGCCUCGUGUGAAAGUCAAUAUAAAGUGUUGCAUUUUCAUCAGGGUGGAUUAGAUAAAUUAACUCAAGUAUUUAAUGAAUGGAAUAUAUUUGCGGUCGAAAAGACAAAAGCUGGUUUUACAAAUUGUCAUCAAUUUAAUGUUAUUCGACCAACAAUCGAUUUAACUGAUUUACAUCCGGAAGAAGGUUGCUAUCAUUUGAUAACUGCCGAUUCUAUCUUUUUUGGAGGUAUUGAUCCUUCGAUAUCUCGUGAUGUUUGGCCAUUUCUAUUGCAUUUGUAUCCGUUCGAUUCAACUUAUGAACAAAGAGAAAUAAUUCGACAUCAAAAAUUUUUACAAUAUCAAAAAAUUAGAGCAAAAAGAGAUUCAGCCGUGAAUGAGUCUGAUCAAUUGCAAUUUGUUUACGAUGUCGAGAAAAUCAUAGAAAAAGAUGUUGUGAGAACCGAUCGUUCGAAUCCAUACUAUAAAGGAGAUAAAAAUCCAAAUUUACAAGUGAUGAAAGAUAUUUUGAUGAAUUAUGCUUGUUAUUGUCCAACAAUGGGUUAUAAUCAAGGUAUGUCCGAUUUAUUGGCACCUGUACUAGCUAUUAUUCAAAAUGAAUCAGAUGCAUUUUGGUGUUUUGUUGGAUUAAUGAAUAGAACAAUAUUUAUUAGUACACCGACAGAUGAUGUCAUGGAAAAACAAUUAAAAUAUUUGCGUGAAUUACUUCAUUUAAUGUUACCUGAUUUCUAUUAUCAUUGUACAAAACUAUCGGACGGGUUAGAUUUAUUAUUUUCUCAUCGAUGGAUUUUGCUAUGUUUUAAACGUGAAUUUCCUGAACUUGAAGCGUUGCGUAUGUGGGAAUCAUGUUGGGCACAUUUUCAGACGGAUUAUUUUCAUUUAUUCAUAUGUAUUUCAAUAAUGGCCGUCUAUGGCGAUGAUAUUGUCCAACAGCACUUAGGAACUGAUGAUACAUUAUUACAUUUUAAUAGUUUAGCCAUGCAUAUGAAUGGAGCCAUUGUACUGAAAAAAGCUCGUAGUUUAUUGUAUAAAUUUCGUUUAUUACCUCGUAUUCCAUGUGUUCUUCAUGAUAUAUGUCUGUUAUGUGGUCCAGGUAUGUGGGAUAGUAUCCACGUACCACAAGUCUACUGUAUAUGCACAACAAGUCAGGAAAAAGAACGUUGUCCAUUCAGUGGAAUAUGUUUAUAA